AUGACAACUUCCAGCACAUCAUCAUCUGAACCAACUAAUCCAUUAGCUACAGGAUUACAACAAGAUAUUUCAAAUGCAGAUUUUGAUAUCAAUAUUUUACAUGAUCCAUUCAUCAAUCCAAAUGUUGAUUUAAAAUUCCCAUUACCAAUUGAUAAAGAAACUUAUAUAGAUGGACCAAAUAAUGUUAAAACUUUACAUGAAUCAUUUAAUAUUUUACAUUCAGCUUUUAGAUUUUUUACAGGUGGAGAAAAAUAUGAUAAGAUUUAUUCAAAUAAUGAAUAUAGAUAUUUUAUGAAUAAACAUUCAGAUAAAUUUAGACAUACAUUUAAAAAACAUAUGGAUGAUCAAUUGGAAAAAGAUGAUAAAAAAUUAGAUGAAAUUAUCUAUAAUUUAAUUAAUCAAGAAUUAAAUAUGAAAUUAAUUAAACCACAAGAUUUUAAAAAAAGAUUUGAAGAAGUUAAAGAAUUCAUGGUUAAAUUUUAUAAACAAAAUAAUGAUACAAAUUUACCAACUUUCCCAUCUCAUCAAUUUGUUAGAUCUGCUUAUGUUACUGUUAUGACAAUAAUGAGAAAAUUAUUUCCAAAGGGAGUUUGGGUAUCAAAUGAUGAUUUAUCGAAUUUAUAUAAAAAAUAUUUGAAAGAUCCAAUGUCAAUUAUUUGGACUCCUUCUCAUCAAUCACAUUUAGAUUAUAUUAUAUUACAUUUAAUUUGUGUACGUUUCCAAAUGGCUAUACCAACUGUUAUUGCAGGUGAAAAUUUAAAUGUUGCAAUUGUAGGUAAUUUAUUAAAAAGUUUAGGUGCAAUUUUUAUACCAAGAUCAUUUAAUAAUGAAUUAUAUACUGAAAGAAAUUUAAAUAAUGUUAUUGAAUUUAUUUUAGUUAAUAAAAUUCCAUUUGAAGUAUUUAUUGAAGGUACUAGAUCAAGAGAUGGGAAAUUAUUAUUACCAAAAUAUGGUAUAUUAAAAUCUUUGGUUUCUAUAUAUUUAAAACAAAGAAAUGAAGAACAUAAACCAAAUUUCGAUAUGUUAUUUCAACCAGUUUCAGUUACUUAUGAAAGAGUUUAUGAAAAUGAUCAAUUUUUAAAAGAAUUAAAAGGAGAUGAUAAAACUCAAGAAAGUUUAUUUGGUAUAUUAGGAGUAGCAACAAGUGCAUUUUAUCAUAAAGAAGAUAAAAUUAUUUAUGAUAAACAAGGAUUUAAUGAUAAUACUGAUAGAACAUUAACUGGUAAAAUAUUCGUUAAAUUAGGCGAAUCUUUUACAUUAAGUGAAUUCAUAAAUAAUGAUGAUGUAAAAGAUGAAAAAGAAGUUAAUUUAAAAAAAUUAGGUUUUAAAAUCUUGCAAGAAGUUAAUAGAAAUUCAUUUAUACCAGAAAUUUCAAUAAUUGGUUUAGCUAUUCAAGCAUAUAAUUAUUUUUCACAAAAAUCAUUAUUUACAAUUGAAGAAAUGUUACCAAUUUUAAAAAUUGUAUGUCAAGUUUUAUUAAAAGAAAAUGACUCAUCUGCUACAAAUAAAAUUAUAUUACAAGAUAUGCUUAAUUUUUCAGAUGAGGAUUUGAUAAGUGUUGUUAAAUUUGAAAUUGUUUCAUUUUUUAGAUAUAUUAAAGUUAAUGAUAAGAAAAAUUUAAUUAAAAUUGAAUCACCAAUUGAAUUAUUAUAUUAUAAAAAUUUAACUAUUCAUUUAAUUAUUCACAAAUGUAUCAUCAUGUAUAUUUUGCUUUUAUUAAAUAAUGAUGUCAAUUGUAAUAAGAUUGUAAUUGGGAAAUUAUUUUAUAUCAUUACAAGUUUUUUAAAGAAUGAAUUUUUAUUUGAUUAUGAUGAAAAUUCUAAAAAUGAUUUAAACUAUAUUUUAAAUGAUUUAGAAGAAAUGGGAUUAAUCACCAAAGAAAAAUCAACAGAUUCAGAUUUUGAAUAUUAUAAAAUAAAAGAUGAAAAAUAUGUUAGAUUAUUUGCAAAUUUAGCUCAACCUUUUAUGGAAAGUUAUAUAGUUUUAAUUUCAAAUAUUUUAGAAAUGACUCAUAAUUUAUCAAAUAGAUAUGCAGCAUCAAGACAACAAAGACAACAUUCUAACUUGGUAUUAGAUGAUGAUGAAUUAAAAUACCCUACAACAAAAGGUUUAUUGAAAUAUAUAAUAGAUCAAUCAAAAAAGAAAGCACAAUUCCAAUCCCUCGAAUCCAUAAAUAAACAAUAUCUUGUCAGUGAUUUAUAUUACCUUAACCACCUUAAUUUAAUCAAAAUUUUCAAAAAUAAAGCUAAAACUAAAGCAUUUGUUCAAAUUUUAAAUCCAAAAGAUCUUUCUAUAUUAAAUGAAUUUUUAAAACAAUUAUUAAAUUUAUCACAAAAGAGGGAUUUUAUUACUAAUGAAAUUAAUAUUAAUUACAUUAUUGACAUUACUAAUAAAAAUAAAGAUAGAGAUUCAGAUGUAUUGAGAAGAAGUAAAUUAUAA